AUGCGUACUUCUCUGAGCGCACUCAUGGUGCUUGCCACCUUGGCCAGCCUUACCGGCGCAGUCCCUAUGGCGGUCUCCUCAAAUCUGGUGGAAAGAGAUGCGUCCAGCGCUGUGCUGAACACUCGUUUCCUCACCUACGAGGAUGCCAUCAACAAGAGAUACGUCAUUGAGGAGCGCGAUGCCUCCGGAGCAGUGCUUAAUACUCGCUUUCUUACGUACGAGGAUGCUGUCUCUAAAAGAGAUAUCGCCGUGCUGAACACUCGGUUCCUGACCUAUGAAGAUGCUAUCAACAAGCGAUACAUUGUCGAGGAGCGUGACGCCUCCGGCGCUGUACUGAACACUCGCUUCCUUACACACGAGGAUGCAGUCAGCAAGAGAGACGUUGAAGAGCGCGAUGCCUCCGGUGCUGUGCUCAACACCCGCUUCCUCACCUACGAGGACUCAGCCUAA